CCCCCUAUAUAUAUAAUCUUCCAUUCCUUAUCUUAAAACCCAUCAUCUCAUAAUAAACCCUCUCUGCUAACUCCUCCGAAAUCCAAGCUCUAUCUAAGCUAAUUAAUCUCUCCGUUUAUCAAUUUUUUCUGUCUCUGCAACAAAUUAAAUACUCGGAAAUGGAAGUGUACGACAGGGGUUUUAGCUCUGCAAGCCAACAGAGCUUCAUUAAUCAAGAUGAUAUGGACGUGAGGAAAGGUCCGUGGACGGUUGAAGAAGACGCCUUGCUCAUGGAGUACGUUUCCGUACACGGCGAAGGUCGCUGGAACUCUGUCGCUCAAUCUUCAGGGCUUAAAAGAACAGGAAAAAGUUGCAGACUAAGAUGGUUAAAUUACUUGCGCCCAGAUGUUAGACGUGGGAACAUUACUCUCCAAGAACAGUUGUUGAUUCUGGAACUCCAUUCACGCUGGGGCAACAGGUGGUCGAAGAUAGCGCAACACUUGCCUGGAAGAACAGAUAAUGAGAUAAAAAACUACUGGAGAACCCGAGUUCAGAAGCAGGCAAAGCAGCUCCAGUGUGAUGUCAACAGCAAAAAAUUCAAGGAUACCAUGCAAUUCGUAUGGAUGCCUCGAUUGAUGGAGCAGAUCCGAGCCGAAUCCGGUUCAUCUUCUUCCUCUCCAGCUCAAGCCGUCACUACAGAUACCACCGUCAGCAAUACUAGUACAUACCCAAGUGAAGCAAACAGCGGAAGUACUGAAUCCGGGUCGGAACUGAUAGACGCGUUCGUGGCGGAGGGAGUUGAUUCGAGCGGGUGGUGGACGGAGGAGUUGGGUGAUGGGUUUCUGAAUUUCGAACAAGGCAAUUGGAGCGAUGUGAAUAUCUGGGAGCUGAUAUGAGUUCUGUUACGUGACGCAUAAUGAGAUUGAAAUUUAACAAUUUGCCGUGUAAUUCCAUUAUAA